AGCCGGGGCUGGAGCGCCGGCGGCGGGUGUCGAGGGGACGCGUCAGCGCCGAGACCGGAGGCCGGUGACCGGCCGUUUAAUCGCGGGGGAAGCGGCGCUGUCGAGCUCGGCGGGGGUGGGGGGGGGAGCCGGUCAGCCGUCGGAACGACUCCGAGCCCGGGGUGUAUUCUGAUGGGUCGGCAGGAUAGACGCUGAGAGGCUUGAGCUGUGGAACUGGGGUGUAGGGCUCGCGUUUGGAUGUGGAAUCGACCAUUUAGGAUUGAGGCAGGGGUAUGAGCCUCGAUGAAUACGCGAAGACGUCACGGUCCCUCCAGUACUGAGCAGGGAGUGUACCUUGGGCCAGCACAGACACAAGUACUCUCCUCCAAGUCCUUCCCUCCGAUCUCUGUCUCUUCCAGUGCCCCGCCGCCCACUUUCCAGGAGGACGUCAUGUCGUGUCGCGAUCGCACACAGGAGUUCUUUGCUGCCUGCAAGUCGAUGCAAAGCAGACAGAAUGGGUUACAGGUUAACAAGCCUCACUUGAACGCAGUGCGCCAGCGGAGUGAAUUCACAGUCAUGGCCAAGCGAAUUGGCAAAGAUUUGAGUAACACAUUCUCCAAACUGGAAAAACUGACUAUAUUGGCAAAGCGGAAAUCACUCUUCGAUGACAAAGCUGUUGAGAUUGAAGAGCUGACGUACAUCAUCAAACAGGACAUAAACAGUCUGAACAAACAGAUUGCACAACUGCAAGACUUUGUCAGAGCCAAGGGGAGCCAGAACGGGCGGCACUUACAGACGCAUUCCAACACCAUCGUGGUCUCACUGCAGUCCAGACUGGCUUCCAUGUCAAACGAUUUUAAAUCGGUUCUUGAAGUGAGGACAGAGAAUCUCAAAAUGCAGCGGAACAGAAGAGAACAGUUCUCACGAGCUACAGUAUCCAGUCUCCCUCCUUCAGCUGCCAAUGGUUACGGCGGGUCAGUGCUGCUGAAGGACGACGCGCGCAGGUCCGGGGACGUGGCCAUCGACAUGGACGCCAAGGCCAGCCAGCAGCUGCAGCUCAUCGACGAGCAGGAUUCCUACAUCCAGAGUAGAGCAGACACCAUGCAGAACAUUGAAGCCACCAUUGUAGAACUGGGCUCUAUAUUCCAGCAGCUUGCACACAUGGUUAAGGAACAGGAGGAGACUAUACAGAGGAUCGACGCCAACAUCGAGGACACCCAGCUCAACGUCGAGGCAGCCCACUCGGAGAUCCUGAAGUACUUCCAGUCCGUCACCUCCAACCGCUGGCUGAUGAUCAAGAUCUUCCUCAUCCUUGCUGUCUUCUUCAUUGUGUUCGUGGUGUUCCUGGCCUAGAGCCGGCUCCUGGACCCCGCGCCCGCACACGUGCUCUCCUCCUCCGUGGAUGGCGUCGAGAGGGCACACAGCGGGAAUGUCCCUGGAACUUGGAACUCCCAAUGGCGCUGCUGUCUUCAGGGUGUGGCUGGUCACAGCCAGUCACCCCUCCACAAAUUCUCACCCACCCAGUGUCAGCUGUGCGCCCACAAUGAGCCAAAUACUUUGGGAGUGCGCAGCCGGCCCGCGGACAUCUAGUAGGGCCAGUUACUGUGACCUCUCUCACUCCCUCCCGGAACUUCAACCUGUCCUUUCCCCUUGCUCUGUCUGUGUAGCAUUUCCUUCUCUCUAGAUCGCCGAGUCUUCUGUCGACCAGACCCAUCGAUGCCGUCGGAAGCCGCUGAGGAGGUGGACUUGCCCCAGAGCAGACGGGCCAUUCGUGCAGGCAGCCAGAAUUUGCCGCCAACCCCUCCUCCAACCUUGGCUGUCGGUCAAGAGUGACUGAAUGCCUCGUAAAUCCAAGGACUGGUGUGGAAGGGACAUCUUGAGGUUUUGCACUUGUCUUUGGCGGUGAACGGGGAAUGCUGACCUGAGAGAUUCGAGACUUUGAGCUGUAUAUUUCUUUACCUUGAGGUUUAAUUUAAGCUGCGUCAUCUUCCUCUCUGAAAUCAAGGUGACUUGGCCCUCACACAUCCAUGUUGUAACCGGGACUGGGUGUCAGAGUCACCGGACACUUUGAGUGGAGCCUGCCUGUCUCCUCCACCUUUUCCUGAGAAAGGUUCCUCCCGUUGUGAAUUUUAAACUCUUUUUCCUCCCCUUGUACCCAUAGCAUUUUGUCCCUGGUUUUCCCCAUCCCUCAACCAGCCCCCCCCCCCCCCCGCGCCCCCGAGUCAACACACGUUGAAGCUGCUAACCGAUUCCCAACCAUGGGCUCGAUCCUCACCCAAGGCCCCCUGUAUUGGAGCCCAGUUAGUAACGAGCGGGUUGCUCCAUCCUGAACAGUGUUGCUUUAUUAACUACCCCACCCCACCCAGUGCUCUCUCAGAUCUGCCCAGUUAAGACAGCGCAGCGAUUACUUGAAAGAGCCGAUAGCCAAGGAGACAUCAACACACAAGAAAAUGAGUCCUGACUCUGUUCCAGAUGACUCUGUAAACUGUCUACCUUCAACCAAUAAAUAAAAGCAACCACAUUGAGGAUUAGUUCACCACGGUUAGUACCUUUUUUUUUUGUUACUCUGCAGGGAACGAGCACUUUUAGUUGGAAGCAGUAAAAAAAAACUAUGCUCUACUCUUAUGCAGGAUCAGGUGGCAGACCCUCUCCGUCAGUUCCGGAGUGGUGUAUCCAGUGUUCCAGCUAGGGGAAAAGGGCUCAGUACCCGCCCCGUUUCAUAGAAAGGUAGAAAGCAGGCUGUUUGACCCACUGCCUGUGCCAAUUAUCACGCACCCAUUCUCUCACUAAUCCUCCCCUAACCCACGUUAUUCUCCCCACAUUCCUGCCAACUCCUUCCCCCCCCCCCCCCCCCCCCCCCCCCCCCCAGAUUCUACCACCCACCCACAUGCUGGGGGCAGGCAGUUUACAGCAGGCAAUUGCCCAGCACAUUCUCAGGAUGUGGGGGGAAAGCCAGUCACAGGGAGAACCUGCGAACUCCACACAGACAGAAUUGGAGGUCAGGGUUGGUCCUGGGUCAACUGCAUCGCUGGUCCUGCACCACUGUCGUCAGAUCCGAAAUCCGAGUCGGAGUGGCUGUCUUUCUCCUCGCUGGGUAUUCCUGCUUGUCCGUCUGAUUACUGUGCCUUUGCACUGAUGCUCCCAGCACAUUGUGUGUGGAAUCGGCCCCUGAACGUGAAGCUUCCCCCGAGCAGAGCAUGGCCUCAGUGAACUACACUCUAGCAAAGAGGUCUUCCCUUCUCGCUGACUCCCUCUGCCCUAAUCCCUUCCGUUCCAAAACCGCCCUUCCCGCUGGGAGCAUCACCCUUCCUGCUGGGCUGCGAUUCCGGUGCCGCGGGGAUCACAGCCCUUGACCUCGGCAGACGAGGUGGGGUUAAGACUUCAGGGGUGUGGCGACUCCAGUGACAUUGGAGGCGAUUUCAGCAUCGUAACUCCCCCCAGCUCGAACCAUUAAUGUGAAAUUUCACAGAGGACACACCUUUGGGACUCAGAGGCUGAUUUAGCUUCUGCUCUAAGGAUUUUUUUAACUUUUUCUUAGUUCUAAUCAAUUGAUUUAAAAGAGGUUUAAUUAUUUCUAAUUUAAAAUGUAAAAAUUUCUUAUUAAACUAGGUUUCCAGAGCUUGUAUAAUUCUCCCUUGUUCCAUAAACAAAGCAGCAAACCCAGGUCCUCGCGAGAUAAGUACGACACUGUGUGUGCGCGCGCGCAGAGCAUUUACCAAGCACAGGCUGUGGACCGCGAGACCUCCGACAGUCGCAGAAGAGCAUUCUGCCAGCUUGCGCCCGCUGCCUCCGUCUACCUCUCCAGCCCUCUCCCUGCUGCUAACGUUUAGCUGCAGUGCCACGCCGACGGGGGAGCAGAGCGUGCUCCAGACCAGAGGAGGCGGCAGCGGCUGCAAGUUGGAGAACGCUCGGGGCAUUAAACACCGUGGCCUCGCUGUGCAGGCCGCUGUUCAUCCACAGCCCGGCUGAGCAGCAGGAUCUGGUUUUGCUGCACCGUUUAUUAUUUAAAACACACCUCUCCCAGUGUUGCUUCAGCUUACUUUCUUCCCUGGAAACGGCUUAGUGUGAACCAGCACUCUGUGGACCUGUACAUAAGGUAACAUUGCCUGCUCUUCUAUUUCUGUGGAUAAGCUCCUUGUAGUUUCUGUCUUAACACCUCUCAAAGCUUUGCUGCAGUCUACCUGCAGAGUGCUGCCCCACUCCUCCAUGUCUCCCUUCCUGUCACAGUGUUAAACUCAGGAUCCCCGCCUGUGAAAUUGCUCCACAUCAAUGUCCUGUCAACAAUUAUCUACGCACAGUUCGUUCUACGUCACUCCCACAGCCACCACUCGCUCCUUGCUCCCUUCUCUCCUCCUCUUCUAACCUUCCCCCCCCCCCCCCCCAACUACAACUGCCCACCCAGUGGUAGGCAAGAUCGACCAAGUACAGACAGAGCUGGGGGUCCGGCUGGGUAGAGACCCUGACUUCGUCUGUCUGACCCCAGUUCUCUCCACCUGUGCACCCUCCCUCGACACAGGCAAGGGUUGUGUGACAGGAACAGACGACAGAUACUAGGGAGGUGGUAGCAAGUGAAUAGUUGUGGUCCUGUCUGAAUCUGCAUGGAAAGCGCCCUACGGUUGUGACUUUUUCUCUCUCUGCUUGGAAGUCAGUAUCUGUGUUGAAGCACUUUUGUAUUUUACACACACCAAAUUUAUAAUAAGUAUUGUAUAAUAAUGUACUAACUUUGCCUCAAGGUUUAGCUCCACCUCCCCAAUAAAGCAUGUACUGUGCAUACUUAGGA